AUAUAUCACCAACUCUGCGAAGGGAUCUUUCAAUGCUAAAUUGGUUCAGAUUGACAGCCGUUGAUUGGACAGCAGUCUACACACACGUCAUCCGAACCAGCUUUUUUACAAGCGAGCGGCGGCGAGGUGUGCUCGUGCUCGAAGCUGCUGGGUCGCGUGCUUUCUCGCACACGGUGGCGUCCGCCACAGCUCACCCCACCCAUAAAGGUUGUAGAAGCACGCAUCCGCCUAGCGAACCAUUCGGCCGAUGGCUUCUCCCCACGGAAGCGGAGGAGGAGGCACAGGCCAGCCACAUAGCGGCACCACAUCCAGCAGCAGUUCGUGGGAUCAUGCUGCGACUGCCGGUCCCCACCCUGCACCCGGAGAGCUCGAGCGCGAACACCUUGUCUCUCACGCGAUCAACGGACAGGAGAUGGUGGAUACCUUCCAGCAAGCAGCAGCGUCGCAGCAAGGCUCUAGCAGCACUUGCCAUCAACCCCACGCGUGGAAUUCCAGCUCAACGGCCGGCCCCGACAACGUUUCGCGCAAUUUUCUUGGUGCCGGGGAUGAGGGCGGGAGCCAACAACAGACCCAACCAAGCGCCUGCGAUGCCGUCCCGACUAGUAUCAACGGCGGUAUACCUCGGGUGGAGCUCAGCAGCAGCUCGCGUGGAGUGGGACUCCACAACCCGCAGCAUCUGGGGUGGAUGCAGACAAGGGCGUAUCAACACGGCCAUUCAUCACAUAACGGCCUUACCGCUGCUGUCAUGGCAUCGCAGCAGCCAUCGCAGGCGCCAAGGGCGGUGGGGACGUUUGUGGGUAUGCCCGAUGGCACAGAUGCUGGAAUGGCAGCACCGCAUGCUGUGCGUGUGCCUCUCUCCUCUGCUCUUGGGCAGGCAGGUGCGACGGAACUCGAAAAUUUCGGAAUUGCGGGAAUGGGCGCAUCGGGGGUUGGAGCUCGGGGCGGGCAAGGGGCGGCGUGGGAAGGAUCGGCGUGGGAAGGAUCGGGAGCAGCGGGAUCGGGAGCAGCGGGAGGAUUGGUGGCUUCAUCCGUUGCUGCUUCUCUGCAUUUUUCGGCGCAGGCGGCCGGUGGGGUGGUGAUCCAGCCACCUCUCCCAGCGGACAGUGGCGCACGUGAUGAACUUGAUGCGCCACUGCCUCUGUUUGCAGCACCCGGUGGCGACGGAGCCGGCGACGAGGAAGAGGAGGAAGAAGAUGACAGCGUUGCUGACAGGGCCCCGAUCGCGAUCUCCAUACCAGAUGGGUUCUCUCUGAAGGCACGCAGCUGGUGCUGUGGGAGAAGUGAAACGAUUCGGUCUAUAUGCAGCAAGUGCAAUGCCCGAUGGCAUUGCCACAUCUCCCAUGGGUUCAUCGAUAUGGACAAAGAUCGCUUCAUCUGCUGUUUUUGCGACGGGGGGGGUCGGACUCAGUCGGGAUGUAAAUGUAAAAGGCACUCGGAAAACUUGAGGGUCAGGGCCAAUUCCGCAAGACGCGCACAAGACGGAAUCGUACGACGGAGCGCCGUUGAGAGAACGGCGACGCGGCGGAAGCCAGCGACCAGCGCUUUCAAGCUCCCGGUCCAGCUCGACCCCCUGGUCGCAGGAGAUAGCUCCAGCGGGGGGCUAAAGGCGGUGUACUCUGUUUCCACGACCGCUCGGGGUGACCGCUACACCGUCAUCACGAACUUCGACCCCCAGCAGCCUGGCAGCUACAAGAUUGUCUGCUGCAACAACGAAUGCACCUCCACUGUCCACGCGCAGGAACCCGACCUCGCUGAAAACGUUCAGCGAAGGGCCGUCGCCCGGUGUGAGCACACCAUCGUAGUCGUUGGAAGCGAGACGGUCCCAGUUAUGACGGCAGACAUUCCUGACGCCGAGCCUGUCGUCUUCGGUAAGGAUGGAGAAGGCUUCGAAGCCGUGGCUAACCAAGCAGCGAACGAGCUGAAGCUGGGGUGAAGCGGUCUGGAGAACGUUUUGCGAAUGGCGGCGAUCGCCGAGGGGCAUGGGAUGCCGUUGUUGGUGCGCUUCGGCGAGACCAGGAGCUACGCCGUGUACCAUCCAGGGCACCGAUCUAUUGCUGAAGGCUGGGCGGUGGUGUUGUGCGAAGUCGACCUGCAAGGUGGAGCUGGUGGUGCACGAACGAGCAGGAGGACACCCACGAAGAAGAGUUCCCAAAGUUUCCGAUGCAAGGCUAACGGAGCGACGCCAUGCGGUGUAGCGAGGAAGUCUACGCGUGGC